UCUAAUAUUUUUUCUAUGUAUACUGUUUUAAGAUAUUUACAUGCACUUGUUCACGUUGAGUUAUUCUCAUUAUAAUUGUGAUUCAACAUGUUUGAAAACUCGAAUUUCAACAUGGAUAAAUUUGUACAUAAAUUUAUUCAAAAUUUAAGUCUGACGACCGAAUCUCGUGUUUAUAGAAAGUUUAGCAAAAUCACGUUUUCGAGACUUGUGGAUAAACCUCACAGAAUCAAACAGUUACUGUUACAUUCUACGGAAAAGAUGAAAGAAAUUAGCAUGCCUCAAAAUUUGGAUUUAUCGAACGAAAAACAUAUAGAGUAUUUUAUGGAGAAAUAUACUGGACUCUGUGAUAAAUUUACUUAUUUGAAUAAUUCGAGGAUAUUGGAUUCACACUUGAGAAAUAUCAAUAUGAAAAUUCUUCAAAAGAUUAAGAUAAAGAAGAGACACAAUGAAGGAGUAAAAAAGGGAGAAUUCAAAACAUCUAACAGAAAGUUAAGAAUAAACGUAUCAAGUAAACUGAGCAAUUUAAAGAAAAAUUUAUCAUCCUCCGUGGUCUACAGAGAAAAAUGUAACAAUGUUCACAAUUGUGAAGAGGAUGCUCCCAGAACAAGUCCCAAGCUCGUUUCUCAUACUCCAACAUUUAAUAAUUUCAAACAUGGUAACAUCUUAGAAAUAAACACGGAAGAAAAAAGUGUUAAACACGAUUUGGUAAAUGAUAUUAUAAACGUAGCGAAAUUGGAAAUAGAAAUGACUGAAAAAUUUUUAUCAUUCUGUAUAAGAGAUAAAGAGUUCAUAAAAAAAAAUGUGCAAGUGACGCUACAUAUAGAAAAGAAUCUAAAACGCGAUCCAAACGCAAGGGAACAGGUAGAAUACAAUCAAGUGCUUUGUCAUCAUGCGAUUUUAUGUUUGAUCGAGCCAAGUAAAAAGGGUGUAGUUUUAAUGGAAGAUGAUUUGUCUGUAGUUGUACAGAAAUAUUUGUCCCAUGGAUACAAAUAUCAUUUUGAAUUUCAAAGAAAUACAAGGGACUGCUAUACGGCUUUGCUUAUUUUAAGUCGAUGGGCUAAAGUUUUAGUCAGACAUACCAACACUACCUUGAUGCACACGAUUUGUGGCAUAUUGGGAUGCGAUGCACAAAACAUACUAGUUAUGUAUAAUCCAGAAGGAAAAUGAUUGAACGCUGAAUGUAUCAU